CAACCUACCGCCAUCAUGUUGCGCGAAGUCAAAGCAAAGAAUCCCCGCACCGCGCGCAUCCUCAAGGCGCGCGAGCCCCAACUCAUCGAAGGCCCGAAGCGGACUCUCAUCCUGCACGGCACAAAAUGCCCGCAGGCCCUCGACACCGUUCUGAAGACCUUCCAUUCAUUGACAAAGCCCAACUCGGUCCUGUUCCACAAGAAGAAUGAAAACCUCCACCCAUUUGAGAGCGUCGAGAGCGUCGAGUUCCUGGCCAACAAGAACGAGUGCGGACUGGUUGUGUUCGGUAGCAGUAACAAGAAGCGCCCCAAUGCCGUGACUCUUACUCGAAUUUUCAACUCUCAAAUGCUCGACAUGUGUGAACUCCUCCUUCUGCCCGGCACCGACGGUGACGCCAUUCCUCCCAUCAACGAGCUGGUCAUGCACGUUGGUCUCGGCCUCCGUCCCAUGAUGCUCUUCGCCGGUAGCCCCUGGGAGGACCCGACCUCCUCAUCGCAUGUCAUGCUCAAGAGCUUCUUCCUCGACAUGUUCAAGGGCGAGGAGACAGACAAGAUCGACGUCGAGGGUCUGCAGUACGUGCUUAUGGUGGGUGCCGAAGAGCCGCGUGACAACCUGAGCCCCAUUGUUCACCUGCGGUGGUACAAGGUGGUGACCAAGCGCAGUGGCCACAAGCUUCCGCGCGUGGAGCUGGAGGAGAUCGGCCCCAAGUUCGAUUUCAAGAUUGGCCGUAUGCGUCCCGCGUCGGCCGAGGCCAUGAAGGAGGCCAUGAAGCAGGGCAAGCGGCCCAACGUGGACAUCAAGAUGAAGAAGAACAUCAGUAUGGACACUAUCGGUGACAAGGUCGGUCGUGUGCACCUGGGCAAGCAGGAUCUUAAGGGUCUUCAGACCCGUAAGAUGAAGGGUCUGAAGCGCCGGGCUGGUCGGGAGUCUGAUGAGGAGGUGGAUGCGAUGGAGGUGGAUGAGGUCUCUGAAGAUGACGAGAGCCACAAGCGGGCUCGGACAGACUAG